AUGGAUACCAUCAUCAUCAAAGGGUGUCUGAACGGCAGUCGCGGCAGAGAACACAACGUCAACGUUCCCUGGACGCCGGAAGAAGUGGCGCAAGAAGCGGUCCGGUGCUACGAAGCCGGGGCAUCCAUUGUGCACAUCCACGCCAGGACGCCGGACGGGGGCAUCAGCUACGACCCGGCGUGGUACGCGCAGACGGCCGCGAUGAUCCGAGCGCAAUGCGACCUGGUGUUGAAUCACACCACCGCUCGGCAGGCCCACGUCCCGGUGUCGGCGGUAACGCGGUAUCUACUGGAGACGCCACAACCCGUGGAGAUGGUGUCGCUGAACCUUGGCAUGGGCGUGCGGUGGCCCGUGGAUCCAGAGACGGGCAGGAGGCGUACCAGCAUCUCGCCGAACUCGUUCGAGGACAUCACCGCGACGCUGGACGCGUGCUACCAACGCGGGACGUUUCCGGAGCCUGCGGUGCACGACAUGGGCGACGUAAACAAUGCGUUUACCCUGAUGCAAGAGGGUUACAUCAAGGACACGCGAUACUUCUUGGUGGAGCCUGGCGCACACUGGGGCGACGGACGUCAAUCCAUGGUGGGCUCGCCGCGCAAUUACGCGCUGAUCGCCGAAACGAUCCGUGAACGCUACCCCGAAUCAACCUGGCUGGCGCACAGCAGCCUGGGGCAAACCUUCCCAUUGUGCGCGAUCGCCAUCGCCACCGGGGCGCACGUGCGGGUUGGUUUCGAGGACAGCCCGUACCUGCCGAACAACCCGGAGCCCAAAUCCAACGCCGAGUACAUCGAGUGGGCGGUUACCAUGGCCCGGCUGCACGGCAGAGAGCCGGCAACACCCCAGCAGGCCAGAGACAUGCUGGGGUUGAACCCGUAUCCCGAGGCGUAA